AUGGCCCAACCAGUGCUCGUAAGAGCCUAUACGGACAGCAGACCUUCAACGGCUGCCGGAUCGAUCAACACUGGACGAGCCCAAGCACUCCCAGCCAUUUCGUCUUUCGCCUUUGCCGAUAUACUACGCGCCGCCGACUGUCCAGACUUCCAAAUAGCUAUUGACGGCAUUGCCGAGAUUGCAGCAAAGAAUCGAAUGAGCCUUGCCGAUGAAUACGCAUCCCAUCUGCCUCCCCUUGGUGAAAUCACCGCAGCGACUUCGUCUAGCGUGAGGCCGCAUCUCUAUCGACCAAGUGGAGGCAUGCGAAGAGCAUUGACGAGCGUGCCUGAGGCAAGCUCUAGCAGCAGCGAAGGAAGUCGCAAAAGCAAGAAGAGAGGCAGUAUCUUCAGCUUCCGAAAGCAGACGAUCCAGCAAAGCAAGCCAAUGCGGCGUAUGCGGAUUGGCAGCAUGGGGAGGACAGUCCCCGUUGGCACGACUACAGCUCUCGCUGCUGAAGCUUGGUCACAUCCUGAGCAUACGAGGACUUCUUCGGAAACAACUAUCACGGCCGUGCCUUCGCGGCCAACGACCCAGGCAAGGACAUCGAGCGCGGCUGAGUCAAGUCUACAGCGUCUGCUCGCAGAACGACAAGGACCUACAGAUGGCUGA